CCAAUGCUCUUACAUACACAUAUUACAUAACUACUACUCUCACUUCCUCAGUACCACUCUGUUUUUCUGAAAAAACAGAGCACUCUGUUUUUGUUUUUCUAUAAUUUCUUCUUAAGCCCCUUUCCUCUUCAUGGCUCUUCUUCUAUCAUUCACAUUCUUUGUUCUAAUAUCUUCAACCACUGCUCAGAGUCCACCAUCACCUGGUUACUCACCCAGUUCCAGAGUUAAUUCCAUAGGUUUCAAUCAGGGUUUUCGGAAUCUCUGGGGUUCAAAACAUCAGAGUUUGGACCAAGGCUCAUUAACAAUCUGGCUUGACAGUAGCUCAGGAAGUGGGUUUAAGUCUCUCCGUCCAUACCAAUCUGGAUAUUUUGGUGCUUCCAUGAAACUCCAUCCUGGUUACACUGCAGGAGUUAUUACUUCUUUCUAUCUUUCGAACAACGAAGAACAUCCCGGAAACCAUGACGAAAUCGAUAUCGAAUUUCUGGGAACAACACCAGAUAAGCCGUACACGUUGCAGACCAAUGUGUAUAUAAGAGGCAGCGGAGAUGGAAACAUCAUCGGAAGAGAGAUGAGGUUUCAUUUAUGGUUUGAUCCAACACAGGAUUUCCAUCACUAUGCCUUAGUUUGGAACCCAACUGAGAUCAUAUUCUUGGUGGAUGAUGUGCCUAUAAGGAGGUAUGCAAGGAAGAGUGAUGCCACAUUCCCUACAAGGCCCAUGUGGGUUUAUGGUUCAAUAUGGGAUGCAUCUUCGUGGGCUACUGAGGAUGGCAAAUACAAAGCCGACUAUAAAUACCAACCAUUUAUUGGCAAGUACAGGAACUUCAAGCUUGGAGGCUCGGCUGCUGCCUCAGCCUCGCCGUCUGGCUCGACGGGUCUAAGCCAGCAACAGCUCUCGGCCAUGGAGUGGGUGCAGAGGAACCACUUGGUCUAUGACUAUUGCCAUGACCCCAAGAGAGACCACGCACGAAUACCAGAGUGUUAGCCUAAAAAAAGGCCAAAAAGCGUUGUGGACUUCAAGCUUGGUUUUAAUCUUUGGUGUGCACAAGUUUUUUUUUUUUUUUCCCCCUUAAUAUAUAAGUUAAAAAGAAACAAAAAAAUAGCGAAAAAUGAAUUUGUGUUAAUUUGGAGGGCAUUGAGAUGAGUCCUGGUUGAGCGUCCAAGCCCUUCCCCUUAAAAAGUUCUGUAUUUUGUAGUACCAUUGGCGUAAUUGAUUUGAGUUUGUCAAAAA